GAGAGCUCUCUCUCGGGUUGAGAGCUCUGGCUCGCAGAGCGGAUACACCGAGGCUUUGUUGAAACGCUCGGAGGCAAAAGGCUUCUGACCCACAGCGUGGCGGCGAAGGGAAACACCCCGGCGGGAAGGGGAGAGAGCGCUUCCAUGUUCCCAGGCGGCUGAAACAACGACGACGCCGCCGCAGGAGCCGGCUGCCCCCCGCCUGCUUCCCCUGCAUCUCAUCCCCCAACCGCCGGGCCGAGCCCGGCGGCUCAGCCCCGUCCCCGCAGCGGCCCUCCCGCCUCUCCCGGCCGCGGGGCAGGCGGCUGCCGCCGGGUUCUUUCGGCGGAGGGCAGACGCGGGCACCUGCGGCCUGCUCCCCCCACGCCGCCGCCGCCGCCAGCCCCCGCCCCGCCCGCCGGGCCUCCCCCGGCCGCGGCCCGUAGGCGGGGCGGGAUGCGGGCGGCGCCUCCCGCAGCGGGGCCGAGGCAGCUCGUCCCCUCAGUCGCCGCAGCAUGAGCGGGCCGGGGUUGCUGGGGCCCGGUGGCGGCGCGGGGCUGCCGCCGCUGCCCAAAAGCCUGAGCGGGCUGCUGAACUCCUCCUCCUCCGGUGGCGGCGGCCAGGGCGGGCGCUGGCGGGACCUGGAGCGGCUCUACGCGCAGAAAUCCCGCAUCCAGGACGAGCUGAGCGGCGGCGGCCGGGGCUCCCCGCGGCCGCCCAAGCCGCCCAACCUGGACGCGGCCCUGGCCCUGCUCCGCAAGGAGAUGGUUGGCCUUCGGCAGCUAGAUAUGUCACUACUGUGUCAGCUGUACUCCUUGUAUGAAUCGAUUCAAGAAUACAAAGGUGCCUGCCAAGCUGACUCUAACGCAGACUGCACGUAUGCUCUGGAAAAUGGUUUUUUUGAUGAAGAGGAGGAAUACUUCUAGAAGCAGGAAGACUCACAUCCAGGCUGACCGAGGUUCUUUCGUCCUUCUCUCCCUGUAACACACCUCAGCCAGAAUGACUGGAAUCUGUAUGGAUCCCUCUUCCUGAGGAGGAACACCCAGCUACCCCAAGUUGUUUAAAUUCACUUAUUUUAACAGGCUGUCAGUACAAGUUAACUCAUGCAAAUACCACUUGAGGAAAGUGCUGUACUCUUAACUUUUGAAGAGUCCUCAGACAUGCUUGACAAGAGUUUUCAAUUUAAUUUGCAAGGUGGGUGUUUUCAACUUCCAAAUGUUGGUAGCUUAUAACUGGAAUUUUAAUCGUAGAAGACAGCAGUGACUUCCUGAGUUGUAAUAACUUCUUAAGGGGGGAGGGAACCCUCUGCUGUAGUGUAAAUAGCUAUAGGUGAUUUGUUUUGGUCAACGGUAUUGAUAAAUGCAUUUUGAACAGGCGUCUGGAUGCACACACAUCCAGCUCUACUAAGCUAGUUCUGCUCUUACCAGCUGCAUCCAGUUUUGUACUGGGUGGAUUGUUUACACAAUUUAAUUUUUUUUUUCUCCUUAAGCUAAUUUUGACUUUUCCUUACUCUUAGCUUACAAGCUGUACAUGUCAUAGUGAAUGUUUUCAGCAGUUUUUUUCUGUUGAUCUAAUUCACUUUCUUGGUACUGCCACUUGGCAUUAACUUUUAUACUAUUGUCUGGAUAUCUUGCAUCAACAUAGCUCUUUGACUUGCUAAACUGUUCUGAAAUGGCUUGCUUAGCUUUUACUGCACUGCAUAGUAAAAGCACAGAUUCAAACAUAGUCUGUCUGCCACUAUGUGGCUUGGAAUAACGUGAACUCUUGUGCAAGUGUUCUUGAUCAUAUGAAGGAUAAGGAGACCUCUCAUAUGACACAGUGGGACAAAUUGCAAUAUUUUAUACCGAGUGAACUUUUUUUCUGUAAGGUAGACUACAGCUCUUUUUAAAAAUGCAAAAUAAGUAUUUUGAGCACAUACUUUGCAUAUGUUAAA